AAAACACACAGUUAAAAUUUAACUUAGCCACGACCGACAUUAUAAAACCUCACUCCUGUCUCACUUUUCACAAAUCACAAAACUUCCAUCUGCUUCCUCCAUCUUCAUCACCUUCUCCAUUCUUCUUCCGGUACACAAAUGUCUUUUGACACCUCCUACGCAUACGAGUGGUUAAUUUUCCAAGCACACUUGAUGAACCGGGGAAAAUUGGGGAGCUCUGGGUGGAUAUUUUUUCGCCAUUGGACCUGAUAUUGAUUAGGAAAUUCGUUUUGUUCGUUAGCUAUUAGUUAUUUACACAAGAUUAUUAUUGGUUGUAAUAAAGUAGCGAUUGUUGGGCAUUUGAUUAGUUUUUCAUGGCAAGAUUAACCCUCGCUCCGGGAUUUCGCUUUAAACCUACGGAUGAAAUUUUGGUCGUGUACUACCUCAAGAGGAAGAUAUUGGGGAAAAGAAUCGCUUCCAAUGCUGUUGCAGAGGUCAACAUAUAUGAUUUCUGUCCAUGGGAUCUUCCAGAUAAAUCCUCUUUGAAAAGUGGAGACUUAGAGUGGUACUUUUUCUGCCCUAAAUCAAAAAAGGAUUCAGGUGGUGUUAGGGCCAAUCGUGCCACUGAAACUGGGUUCUGGAAAGGUACUGGGAAAGACAGAUACGUUGAAUAUAGAGGAAGAACCGUUGCAACAAUCAAGACAUUAGUUUUUUAUUUAGGUCGUGCUAAAGAUGGCAAAAGAACAGAUUGGGUACUUCACGAGUAUAGAAUGGACGAUAAGCAAUUGGCUGAUGCAGGGGUCAUUCAGGAUACAUAUGUGCUUUGUAGGUUAUUUAAGAAAAGCGGCGCAGGGCCAAAAAACGGCGCAGAGUAUGGUGCACCAUUCAAUGAAAACGAGUGGGAUGAUGAUCUGGUCAGUAGCAUUGAUUCUCAAGCCGUUGUUGGUCUAGUUGGUGUUUCCAUCACAACAGAUCGUAAACAGACUGAACCAGGGUCAUCUAUUGUCACAAUUUCUGCAACGGAGCCUACAAGCACACUAAACUACAAGCAGGAAGGUUUAGCUACAACAAACAUUGCGGAACCAGGUACAUCUGGUGUCACACUUUCUGCAACCGAACCUACAAACAUUGCGGAACCAGGUACAUCUGGUGUCACACUUCCUGAGGCUCAAAUUUUGAAGUCUGUAUCUGUGGAGUCCAUACCAGAGGUCCCUGAGACUUCAAUUUUGAUGGAGUCCAUACAAGAGGUCCCUGAGUUUCCAAUUUUGAAGAUGAUACCUGUGUAUGCUAAUGAUCCAUGUUUCCUACCUCCAAGUUUUGGAAUCCCAGACUUGGAUUAUACUAGUCUAAACCUAAUCCGUGAUCCAUAUCUUUUUCUAACCAUUGAAUCCUCGGAUUCUACUUCUAUAACGGAUCCCGAUUUGGAAGACUUAAAUUAUCCAAUGAAACCUUCGGUGUUGUAACUCUCUGAUCGCGUAAUACAACAAACCGUGGCGGAAACAUCGGGGAGUCACGGUACAGAGAAUUGUUUCAAAACAUAUGGUAUUUGAAGUUUGUUUUACCUCAUUAAUAAAUUUCAUUGUUUUGUUACAAAUCAAAUAAAUACAAGUAAUUGUCUUUCAAGUUUUAAA